UGGCAAUUGGCCAGGGAAAGAGAGCCAUUUGCUGCUGCUGUCUGCCUGCCGGCUUGCUGCUGCUGCUGCUCGGCUACCACCACCACCACCCUUUCCCGGUUGGAUUUCUGCUCUGCGGGCGUCACACCUUGCAGGACCAGGCCCCAGUUUUUAGCUUGCAAAGCUGCUGAGCCAUGGCUGACUUGGACCACAAUCUGAGUCUGGCGGAUGCCCUGAUGGAGCCCCAGCCGCAGAUCGAGGAGGAAGUGAAACGGGAUUUCAUCGCCACCCUGGAAGCGGAGAAAUUUGACAAUACCGUUGGAGAAACGGUUGGCAAAACGGACUAUGUCCCUCUUCUAGAUGACAACGACCCAAAGUCUGGGAACCAGGAAGUGAAAACCAAACCCCAUGUGGACAACGUUCCUGUGGAGCAUAUGUCGGAAACUGGACCGGCAGCCGUGGUCAAGAAUGGUGAUCAUGGGAUAGAAAGCUCCAAGAAGGGAACUUGGUAAUGUGAAGUAGCAGGCUUGCUGAAAAUGGAAAAUGUUGAGCUGCCAAAUCCAGAAGAAAUAGGACCAUAUUUUCAUAUCAGUAUCAUCUGAUGCACAAUGAUGAUUGAAGCCAAAUUAAGCUUUUAUCAAGCUUUGUGGGCAAAAUCUCAAAAAUACCAAGAAAAAAACCCGGUAUUUGCAAAGAGUAACAGCUUUCCAUAACUGAAAAUCAAUACUGAAAGAACAUCACAAGCUAAUUCAGCCAUCAGGUCAGUUACUGUCCUGUUAUUGCUUAUCACAUUAGAAAGAGUAUGACAGAACUUAAACAAUGGUUAAUCAGAGGACUAAUCAAAGAGAAUCACUGACUCUGAUGUCAGAGGAAUGGACUGAUACAGAAAGGAAAUACUUUAUUGAACAUUAAUGUUUGUAACACUUGAACCAAUACUCCUCAAGCAACUGCUGCCAAAUUUUGUCAUCUAAGUGAAUACAUAUUCUCUUCACUCAGUAAAAUGGCCAACAGUGCCAGUCGCUCUAGGGUACAAGCCCUUGUAAUUGAUAAUGGGAGUAGAUAAAGGGAAACCACUGCCCCUGCAGUUUAUGAUAGCUCUUGAUUCCUAUAUCUGUACAUUGAGUGGUCUGCUGCUUGUUGCUGAAAAUGUGGGUGGGCUCUUUCCUCAUGGUACCGUGAAAGUAAAUAACCAUUUCGUACGACAGUUGCUAGUCACAAUAUACAGUAGAAGGGUUUUUGCUUGGAAGUAUAGCUGACCACAGCAAGAACUCAGUAUCAAGAAAGAUAAAUCAGUUUGGAUCAAUAGCUUCUACCACAUUAAUACACAAAUAUUAUUAUAAACCCUCAAUCUUUAAUAGAUAUGAAGCCAAUCUGGGUCCCAAAGUUCUCACCAUCACGAACAUGAGAAUAAAACUUAUCAGGGCAACACGAUGUACAGAUAGUGAGAUUUUGGUUCUGGUCUAUUACAGAAUCAUCCUGUAUGUUCUGAGGCAGUAUCCCUCCAGCCUCCAGAAGAAUACUAAUGCAAGGGGGGGGAGAAAGGGGGGGA